CACGAAACUCACGAAAGCGGACUUGGACUUUGACAUUUCAAUCAACUAGAUUUUAAACUGUAAUCGAGUAGGAAAUUUAAGACAAUCAGGACAAGAACAGCUUUAUAGCUGUUGACCCUGAACCAACGUAGACUUGUAGUUCCUACUCUCCCUUCGAACAAAACGAUACAAAUCUAAAAAUGUCUGAAAAAAGCAGCCCGAUUAAAUAUUUUUUAAGUGGUGGAUUCGGUGGUGUAUGCACAGUGUUAGCUGGUCAUCCCAUGGAUACAGUGAAAGUAAGAUUGCAAACUAUGCCUCUGCCGAAGCCGGGCGAAGCGCCUUUGUACAGCGGUACUUUCGACUGCUUCAAGAAGACUAUCAACAAGGAAGGUUUUCGUGGUUUGUACAGGGGCAUGUCGGCGCCCUUAACUGGGGUAGCGCCCAUUUUCGCGAUCAGUUUCUUCGGAUUCGGGCUCGGUAAGAAACUGAUAGCUCGUUCUGACGACCAGGUGUUUUCUAAGCCGGAGCUGUUCGCCGCGGGCGCCUUCUCCGGGAUCUUCACGACGUCCAUCAUGGCGCCCGGCGAGCGGAUCAAGUGCCUGCUGCAGAUCCAGCAGGGCGGCAACGCGCCGCAGAAGUACGCUGGCAUGGUUGACUGCGCCAGACAGUUAUACCAGGAGGGCGGCAUGAGGAGCAUCUACAAGGGCAGUGUAGCAACUAUUUUAAGAGAUGUGCCAGCCAGUGGUAUGUACUUCAUGACCUAUGAAUGGGUGAAAGAAGUGUUGGUGCCGGCCGAUGCGAGCUCUAAAGUGAAAAUGCUGGCCACUAUAGUUGCAGGUGGUUGCGCUGGGAUAGCUAACUGGCUUGUAGGUAUGCCAGCUGACGUGUUGAAGAGUAGGCUGCAGACAGCACCUGAGGGAACAUACCCUAAUGGUAUGCGAGAUGUGUUCAAGCAGCUCAUGGAACGAGAAGGCCCGACAGCCCUGUACAAAGGUGUAACUCCCGUCAUGCUACGAGCGUUCCCGGCAAACGCAGCAUGCUUUGUUGGCUUUGAGCUAGCCAUCAACUUCUUGGACUGGGUUGCACCAAACCUUUGAUAGUGUUAUAAUGAACUAGAUCAACAAUAAUUAUUUGUACAGUAUACUAGUAUAAGAUUCCUGUAAGUUUUAAAUGCAAUUUAACUAUAGAAAGAUGUAAAUCAGAUAUAUUUUUUUGGCUUGACUCAUGACGGUGCUACUUGCACUUGAUGCCAAAAUAAAUAACCUUAAUUUGGCAGGUAAUAUUUGUAAGAGAUCAUGUUUAUUUUUUACUACUAAUUGUUUACAUCACUGCCUAACAUUAUUAGGACUUAUUUAAAAGAAAAUUUAUGUAAUUACUUGUUUUGUUUACAAGUUCAUUGUGUAAUAAAAACCGAAUAAUAUAUGAGUUGAAUACUUUUUAAUGUAUAAUUUGAGUCUGCAGUAUGUGUUUUCCAAGUAGACUGCCUGCUAACCAGAUUUUAUUAGUAAAAAAAAAAAAUGAUUAUUUUCUCUAAUCCUUUGUCUCAAUUUUUCAUUAGUCUCUCAAUUUCUUACUAACUAUAGUUAACUAUAUCUAAAUUAUAUUCAAUAAAAAGCAAAUUACUUAGUAAAAUUUCUAUUUGUUUUUUACCUUGGUUCAAACAAUUCAAACCAUUAUCUGUAAUCCUUGAUAAUAACAUUUUCUUUUGUAAAACAAAACUAAUGAUUCACAGGGAAAAGAUGUGUUCAUUUAGUAUAGGUUGCCAGAUCCUACUAAAAAAUUGUUACAAAUUAGUGGAUCUUUUGUUACACAAUGUAACACUUAAUUAUUAUAUUGUUUAAUACCCUAGCAGCUGAAAGCUGAAUUGUGUACAAUUCAUUUGUCACCCUUAUAAAGCUUAUCAGUUUUGAUAAAUAAUGUGUGCCCACCCUCAGUGCUAGGAUUCUAUUGUAUACUCAAGUAUAUAACCUUAGUACUUGAGGAAUGAAAGUGGUUGGCAUUAUAAGGGUCUCAACCUAAGCCACAAAUAUAGUGAUAUAUUUUUAAUGUGUGUAGAUGUUUUCUUUAGUGUUUAUAUAAUGUUAUAACAGACAAUAGCUGAUAACAGAUUAUAUGACAGAUAAGGUUUAAGUGCCUUUUAUUAUACAUAUUUAUCAAGAUAUUGUGUAUCUUUAACUCCUUAUACUUUGGACUGCAGAUUACUCUAGAGCAGUGUUAUUCAAACUUUUUCAUGAUGCGACCCCCUUGGUACGAACUUAAUAUUUCACUUAUGUGUUGUUUUGAGGCUGGCAGAGGCUUAGCGACCCUCCAGGGGGUCGCGACCCAGUUUGAAAACACAGGUCUAGAGAUUUCAAUUGUGUAGAUAAAUUAAGACGCAUCAAUAUUAACCUUUCAUAUAUGUGUGGUGAUCAAAACUCGUGGAUUCAAACCUCAGUUGUGCUGUAUAGAGCAGAAAAAAAUAUUCUCAAAAAAAAAGAUGUUGAAUAAAUUGGUCCGGAUCCUUAUCUAUCAGUUAUCAGUAUCACACACAGACAAGAGGGUAAUUUUAUUAACCUAUUUUUGUUUAUUGUAUAAUAUCAUUCUGCAUAUUGUCUUGUAGUUGAUAAUAGUGGUCAGUCUCUCUAAAUUGCACAAACUAUUUAAAACAAACUAAAAAAAUACAACAAACAACAUGUCAAUACUUGCAAAUAUUUAUUUCUCAGUCAUUUAUUAGUUCAUAAUAACAUGACAAUUUUAGUAAAACUCUCUUCUGAAAUU